AAUAUUUGCUUAUUUUAAUAGUUCUGAUAACAGCUAGAAAAAUACGUUUGUAUCACGAAUGCCCACGACAACAAUAGAUGGUGUUCUGCUAAUGUAAACAACUAAACUCUGUUCAAAAUUUCUUUCAUUAUUAACCGCUGAUUUAAUUUGUUUUUUUAUAAAAUUAUGCCUGGAAAAACAAAAAUUGUUCCACCACCUCCUGCAAAUUCUCAUCAACCUGGGGUGGCUAGAUCAUUGUUGUAUAAUGGCUCAAAAUUUCAAGGGCAUCAAAAGAGUAAAGGAAAUUGUUAUGAUGUUGAAGUAGUUCUUCAGCAUGUUGAUGAAGAUAAUGCAUAUGUGUGUGGUUAUUUAAAAAUUAAAGGGCUCACUGAAGAGUACCCUACUCUAACAACAUUUUUCGAUGGAGAGAUAAUUGGUAAAAAAUAUCCCUUUUUAACUAGGAAGUGGGAUGCAGAUGAAGAAGUCGAUAAAAAACAUUGGAAUAAAUUUCACUCAUUUUAUCAAUAUGCAAAAUGUUUCAAUUCAGACUCAUUUGAUUAUGAUGAACUAAAGGAUACAGAUUAUGUCUUCAUGCGAUGGAAAGAGCAUUUUUUAGUCCCAGACCAUACCAUCAAAGAUAUAAAUGGUGCAUCCUUUGCUGGAUUUUAUUACAUAUGCUUCCAAAAAUCUACUGCAGCUAUUGAAGGUUAUUAUUAUCACCGGAGUUCUGAAUGGUAUCAAUCAUUGAAUCUAACUCAUGUGCCCGAACACAGUAUACAAAUAUAUGAAUUCCGAUAAUCUGCCAUUUGGUGACAUGUUCAUUUGCAGAAUGUGGAGCGAUUCUCAUAACUGAACAUUCAGUAUUUGCAAAUAAACUGAAAACAUGAUGUAUAUUGAAUGUACUGUACAUAAAAAGAAGAAAAAAUUUAAAGAAAAAGUGAUAUUCAUCUUUAGCAACUUACUCCACUACAAUGAAGGCAAUUUGCGAGCAUCAUAUUUAGCAGAAUUGAAUUAAAUACAAAACUAAAAUUUUGAUUUUUGUUUUAUUCCCUAAAUAUGAUAAAUAUAAGUACAUCACUUGGUAUUAAACUAGAAUCUGGCGUGUGAAAUUCUAUCAGUUUGUGUUGCUAAGUUUGUUUGUUAUUCUUAAAUUUGUUGAGUUUAUUAUUUUAUUUUGUAUGCAAUUUUUUUUUUUUAAAUCUAUUUUCCAUGCCUGCCUUGAGAUAAAUAAAUCCAUGUAUUAAAUUAAAUAUUAAUCAUAUCUUAUUUUGCUUUUUUUAAAAAUCUUUUGAAUGAAUUUCAUAUUGUUUAAAGAAGUAUUUGCAUAUAAGAAAGUUAAAAAUAUCUAUAUACAUUUUUAAUUUUCUUCAAUAUUGCUUAAAUGUUAAAGUAAAAUAUUGGCUUUAAAAUUAUUAAAAUAACUGUUUGUAUUGUUAACAUAAAUGGCUAUCUCUUUAUUCUUUCAUUUGUUAGGAAGCUCAGACUGUUUAUGCAUUUUUUUAAACAUUGCAUAAAUAUAUUUUAAAAAUAAUGAAUAAAAAAAUUUGGAGAAAGGAGUUGAACAUCUAUAAAUGAAGCAAACAUUCACACAAUAGUAUUAUAGUAUCAAUAUUAAUGUAUUUAAUAUUAAAAACAAUUUUGGCAAUUUAAUUUUGUUACUUAUCUUGUUCACAGAAAAUGUGUCAUUAUUUUUACUUUUAAAAUAAAAAUGACUUUAACGUUUUCUAACACUUUAGAUUAAAAGAAAAUGUGCAAAGCUUGAUUUCAAAAUGUAAUUCAUUUUAUUGAAAUGAAUAUUUAUUCCACAUUCUUGAAGUCUUUAUUUGAAUUUUCCUUUAUUUCUACAGAUUUUACUAUAAACUACUUCUUUUAUGAAAAGCUUUUUAAAGAUUAGGAAAAAUCCCAUUUCCCAUCUUUCUUCUUGCGCAUUUCUUUUUAAACUCUUUAACUAAGCCCCCCCCCCCCAGACACAUUUUUUGUAACUUAAUUUAUUUGGUGGCAAUAUAUAUAUAUGUCAUAUAAUAUAUAAGUCAUCAUUCAGCUAAACUGAUAGUUAUUCUUUGUGCAAGUAAAUAUAAUAAAACAAAACUAAUACUAUGUGCCUACUAGUACUAGUUUGCCAUACUUUUUACAGAUUAUAGUACUAGCUACAGAAUUUAUGGAAAAUGUUUAAGGAUUAUGAAAAAUCCAAUUUUGUGAUUUCCAUUCUUUUUUAUUUUCUUGUUCAUUUACUAUUUUAUUACUACUCCUUAUUUCUAUUAUAAUCAAUUAUCUAAUAUUUUCUAUUACUAUUCUCUAACUACUCUUUGUUUCUUGCCACAGCAAUCUAUCUGAUACUUUUAUAAACUGAUUAUUAAUCUUUAUACAAGCAAUUAUAUUAAAACGGAUUUUAUUGUUUAAAAAAUGUGGGACAUCAGUUAACUUCUUUGUUUUCAUAUUGUCAUGAAAAGUACCACAGAAAAUUAGCUCAAUUAUUAUUGUGUAAUAUUGCUAAAGUUUAGCAUCUCAUUUAUCGUCUUCAGACAUGUUAUUUCUAGAUCUUUUUAAAACUUUGAACACAGCAUGGGUUCGAAUUCACUGGUAUAUAGAUAUGGAAAACUUCCAUUUGAUCUUGCUGUGUUGCAUUAGAACUCGGAGAAUUGAUAAAUUCUCUAGCAAUCAGCAAGUUUAAUAAUCUCCAUUGCCUUAAUUUUUGUUCAUAAUGAGCAAGAAUCACAAUUAUACUGGUUAUUAUUGAAUUUCUUUUUUCAGGUUUUUUUUAAAAAAUUAAUCCAUUUAUUUUUGCACAUUUUAAUGCAUUUGCUUAUAUUCCAUAUUUGUAGAUCAAAUUUAUUGCUUUUCAUGCAGUUUUUUUUUUUUUUUUUACUGAUGUUUUAUAUAUUUUUUCCUUUGUUUAUAAAAAUAUUUGCAAUUUCAUCUAUAUGUAUAUUUAUUGGUAUUUAAAAGAUUAAAUGUAAUAUAUAAAUUUUGUUUCUUUAUAGUAUAAAUGAUUGUAUUGCAAGGACAAUUAGCAGUAUUUUUUUUGUUUAUAAGGACAUUCAUAUUUUUAUAAUAGAAAGUUUUACUAAUUUAUUUACGUUGCUCUUAAAGAUCAUUUGGAGAUUCUUCUCUUAUUUUCCAACUACUCUCGUAUUAAUUAGUGUACCUUCAUUGUUAGGAGUUGCUCUUAGUUAAAAUAUAUAAAUUCAAAUUUUUGUUAAAUACAAAUUGAGAAAAAAUAUAUUCUGGAAAAAUAAUCGCUCUAUGUCAAAGUCACCAAAACAUAAUUUAUAAAAAAAAUUAAAACAAUGUAAUCAAAUGAAAAAAUGUAAUUUUAAGUAUGGAGUUUAAAUUUAAAGUCAUCAAGCCGUUAUAUUUUUUACUUGUUCGAUUGACUUAACUUUUUAAAAAAUGCUUUUUAAGUUUUAUAUACACAAUUGACUAUGAGGGGUUGAUACUUUUCUUGCUCAUAAACUUUUGGGUUUGUCUUUUAAAGUAUUAAGGCACUUAUAAGCAAAUUAAAUAACUAAUUUUUAAAAUCCUGGAAUGCUCAUAAAAUUUUGGGUUUAUUACGCCAGUUUUUAAUCAAAAUAACCUUUUUUUCCAAAAUGUGGAACCUCAUAAUACACACUAAAUAAAUUAUAAAUUGUACUUUCAAAGUAUGGUAGGUAAAUAUAACCCCUCAUUAUUCACUUGAUAUCAUACCACUGUUUUAUCGCAAUUUUGAUUUGUUUUGAAUUUAUGAUAUAUUCUGCCAUCUAUGCUGAUAUAGCAAAAUUAUUGUAGCUUGUAAAAUGUGUUAAGUUUUUAUUGAAUAUUCCAUUGUGUAAAGAAAUUCAUUUGAUAGCGUUGCAUUGAUCACUCUUUCACUUGAAAUGUUUUAGUGUGAUGUUUGAUAGUGAUAGUUUUAUUGUAAAUCUGUAAAUAAUUGGAUGCAAGAACUGAAGUUAAAAAUCUUUAUUAGAGGCAUUUAAAAUGGAUAUUUUACCAAUUGUGAAAGAAAUGUGCUUCUAACAAUUGGUUAGCUUUUGUAACAAAAGUGAUACAGAAAUAAAAUCUAAUUUAUUGAAAA